AGGUUUCAAGGGAUGUUCCCUGGCCUGCUGCCAUCACGUUUUUACCAGGACGAGUACUUCGUCCGGGCGACGAGCAAGAACAGGACCCAGGACACGGCGUACGCUUUCUUGAAGGCAGUGCUCAACCGGAAAGAGUUAAAUAAAUUCAAGAGAGAACGGGCCUUGGUCACGGACGACGACAUGUUGGCUUUCCAAAGCACAUGCGAGGAUAUGUUGGAGAAACAAGGUGUGAACAAAACGGAAUCACAGGAAGAGAAUACAUUUCUCGAGAGUGAGAAGGUACAGCAAAUGAUCCAGGCUAUGUCGAGGAGACUGGGAGUCAACGUUUCAUUAGACGACGUCCGGCUAAUGGCCAAAGUGUGUGCCUUCGAAGUGGCCAUCCACGGCUGGUCUCCCUUCUGUUACCUCUUCGACAAGCAAGACCUCGACCUGCUGGAGUACGCCGAAGACCUGGACGACUACGAGGAGGACGCGUACGGCAACAAAAGGAGCGUCGCCUUGGGUUGCCUACUCGUCGAGGAGAUGGUAGAUAAGAUAAGGGAGAAACUGCGGACGAGUCUGACAGGCGGCGCCAGCUUUCACACUCAUUUGAGGGCAGCCCUGUACUUUACGCAUGCUGCGGUGAUGAAGAGCCUCGUCGCCAAGUUAGGCCUAGGAAGGGCCACACCACCACUGAGAGCCGGCAAUUACUGCCGCUACAGGAAUCGCCGACCGUGGCGCUCCUCCCACCUUGUACCUUUCACGGCCAACUUCGCCCUGAUACUCUUUCGGUGCGGCAACUCUCAGCUGAACGUGCUGCCGAUUCUGAACGAGAGGGUGGUAUGGCUUCCCGGAUGCCGGAGCGAUUUCUGCCCCCUGGAUGACUUCUUGCGGUCGUCGGCCGUUCGGAGUUCCCGCAGCUGCGAUCCCGAGAAGAUCUGCAGCAAAGAUUGGAAAGGAGGCCGACGCCCAGAAUAGGGUGCACGUAUGGGGACUUGCAGCUGUAAACUCAGGCACUGCGCUGUGAUCCCGACUGGGUUGCAGAAAUUAGGUGCCUUUUCUCAUCUUCUAACCACUACCACCACCAGCUGUAAACUCUUCGAAUAAAGCGCCUGUUCUCAAAGAA